UUGAGCGAGGGGAGGGGAGGCUGGCUGGGUGGCAGCUGGAAUUCUUGGAGUUUGAUGGGCUCGAGAGGUAGAAAUGGGAGCUAGGAUGCCUGGGUCCUCUGAGUGGGGAGUGGGGGCUUAAUAGGUUGCAGAAGGGGGAGCUGGAAAUCGUUGAGUUUUCCUGGGAGAAGCGACGGUAUAAAGGAAGGACAUGUGCAAACUAGAGGGAAGAGGCUUUAUUGUGGCGCUGUUGCAGAGUGGCACACUGAAGAGCAUUUGUAGGGUGCACGGCUGAUGUGCUGGGUGCAUUAAGGGAAAAGGUUGCUGAGAAGAGUUGAAGGGGCUGCAAUGCAGUAUCGGGGUGUUCUGUGAAGAUACUGGGGCAGUGGAGUGGGAGAUGUAAUGGGGCAAAGGGUUGCAUUAUUUUAAGGGGUGGUGUUUUGCUUUGGGGUGGAAGAGAUCCUGGCUGGGCAGUUGGGGAUAAGAUUUGGGUGGCUUGGUGUGUGUUGGAUGAUCAGCAUUUGGGGAGGUUGGCUAUUUCUAGAGGGCCCAUUGAUUAUUUUGUGGAUUGGAUUCUCUGUUGGAAUAUGAAUUCCUUUUAGGGCAUAUACCUGUGAAUUGGUGUGUGUAUAAUUUUAGGGCUUUAUAAUUCUGUAAAAGCUAUUCUGUUAAUUUCAUGGGUCUGUGUGCUUUGGCAUUUGGGAAACGUUAGGCUGUGAGAGGGAUAACUCCCCCAAACCUUCACUUAAAAAAUACACUACUCCAUCCCAUUUUGAAGGUGGUGAUUUUCUCAGUGGAGAUGAGAACUGGCCUGAUAUCACUUUGCUGGGAUUUCCUCAUUAAAUGAAUGGGUGUGUACGAACUUAAUUCACCAGAUGCACCCCUUAAUAUUGUAGGAACUUCCGGGUGCCAGAGGAUUUAAAAAGCUGUACUUAUUCCCCAGUGGAUAGUCCAUGGAGUAAUAUUGAAGGUUACUUGCCAGAAUUUGUCUUUGAGUAUCUGUUUAGUUGACGGAAAGCUGUGCUAUAAUUCUGGAAGUUUUGUAUUAAAUUGGAGAUGGAGAAGAACUUUGGGACUACAUUAUUUUGUGUGACACCCCAUUAAUCUCAACAGGUUCAUUUUGGACUGUUGAAGUUUUAUUUGUGUUCCUUAGAGGUUUCUUUCAAGUUUGGAAACAUACUGUAAUUAUUGGGGGAGGCAUUCUGGUUACUUUGGGGAUGUAAGAAAUCUUGGGUGGAGUUAUACAAUACCAAGGAGUUACUGUGUUCUGGGGAGUGGGGGCUGGAUUAUUUAAUAGUUGUGUGGAAUUUGAGGGAAUCAAUCCCUGCUAAAUGGAAGUCGGGCUCUAAAUAUUCAACAGGCUGAUUUUCUUGUUCAUAAAACCUACGCCUGAACACUAGGGUGACUUUAUCCAUUUUCUUGAGAAUAAUAUUGUCAAAGGGGGGCGGUGGGUGUUCCACCGCCUGAUGUGCCUCCAAGCCAUGUCAGCUUUUGGGGAUGCUCAUGAAUGGUAUAUGGGAGCUCUGAGCCGGCAGGAAGCAGCUGCAUGCCUCCAGGGACACCGCCAUGGAACCUUCUUGGUGCGGGAUAGUACCACAUGCCCUGGUGACUACGUGCUCUCUGUCAGUGAGAAUUCCAAGGUCUCUCACUACAUCAUAAAUAGUCUCCCGGGGCGUCUACGGAUUGGGGAGCAUGAAUUCGACGGCUUCCCUGCUCUGCUUGAUUUCUACCGCCUCCACUACUUGGACACUACCACCUUGGUAGCCCCUGUGGGUCGGGUCAUGGCCCCUGCAUCUGCUCAGCCCCCUCCUGCUGGCGAAUGGGUGCGUGCCCUCUAUGACUUCGUAGGCCGUGAUCAGGAGGACCUCCCGUUCACCAAGGGGGAACCGCUGAGGGUGCUGGCUAAGCCCGAAGAGCAAUGGUGGACAGCGCAACGUGCGGAUGGGCGUGUCGGAAUGAUUCCUGUGCCAUACGUCCAGCCCUGUCCAUAUGCUCACCCCAGCAGCCAUGGUGCCCCUCGCCACGCUCCAGUAAUCGCAAGAGCAGUGCAACGAAGGGUGCCAGGGGCCAAUGACAAGACAGCCCUGGCCUUUGAGGUGGGUGACCUCAUUGCUGUUACCAAGAUGAAUGUCAAUGGCCAAUGGGAGGGAGAGCUGAACGGGCGCCGUGGCCACUUUCCAUUCACCCACGUCAAGGUCUUGGAUCCUGAGGAAGCCAGCUGAGCGUUUGGUGUAACUGUGGAACUUUUGAUUUCCCCUGUGGAGGUGACAACUCCUAGACUCUGACCCACACCUGUGAGCUUCUGGUCAUCUUGAAAACCAUACUUCCUUAUACAAAACCUUGAAUUUUGACCUUCCCUUUUGGAUGUUAUGGAGCAUUGAUUCAUUGAUGCUCAAAUGCUUGGAUACUGACUGCUUCUACCACCUUGAACUCCUUGUCUUAUAAAGAUUGCUCCUUGACUGACUGUUCUUAAAUGCUGUGGUAGUUGACCUUCUGAACGUUUACCUUUUAUGGACUCCUUCAUAGUUGUUCAUUAGGAAUACUGACCCUUUGGCCUUGUGGUUUGAAACUUGGUUAUGUGCCCUUGAAUCUUGCAGUUCAAAAUCCUAUGACAACCCUGCCCCCCACAUAAGCUCUGAGCCUUUACUGCUGCCCUUUGGGCUUUGGUUGUUGACCUCUUUACUUCUUUGUGUAUUUUUUGUUGUUGUUGUUGACUUUGCUCGCAUGGGACAGAGGACGUGCUUGGCUUUGGUGGAGGACGGGAUUCCCACCCCACUUGUUUGUUCCAAACUGCCUUGUUAAUUAAAAGUUUCCUGCUAA